AGCAGCCGCGGAGCCGGCCCUUAGCAACCGGCCUGGCGACCGUCUCUGUGGCCCCUUGCGGCCCUACGGGCCUGGUCUUUCCAUUUUCACCUCCGCUGCGGGGGGCCCGGCUUGGUCCCAGUAAGAACCAAGGGGACACAACCGCGGAGGCGGCAGGAGGACUAAGCAUGGAUGGCAGCCGGAGAGUCAGAGCAACCUCUGUCCUUCCCAGAUACAGUCCACCAUGCCUGUUUACAGGACACUUGAGCACCAAGAGCAACGCUUUUUGCACUGACUCCUCUUCUCUCAGACUAACCACUCUCCAGCUGAUCAAGAAUCACAUGGCUGUUCACUAUAAUAAAAUCCUUUCAGCCAAAGCCGCAGUAGACUGCUCAGUUCCAGUAAGUGUGAAUACUAGCAUCAAAUAUGCUGACCAACAACGAAGAGAGAAACUGAGGAAGGAAUUGGCACGAUGUGAGAAGGAGUUCAAAUUAAGUAAAUCUGCGAUGCAGGCCAAUUCUAAGAUGAAUUCCAAGUUCUUUGUAAACUCUUUGCAGAAGCCCUCAGGGGAGCCACAAGACCAGGAUGUGUUACUAGAAGAAAUGACAAGAUAUCCAUCAUAUGCAAAGUCACUUGUUCCUUCUUCAGAGGGACUGCAUCUAAGUCUGCCUGAAUCAAAUAAGAUGCUCAUGAACGGCACCCAGAAGCAUCCCAGCACCUCUCCAUCGAGGCACUUGGGCUGUGGACAUGGUGGUGACAAGCGGCCUAGGAGUGCCCACCAGUUCCAGGUACUCAUCUCCAAGACACCGAGUGGAGAUCUGUUGGAAAAGCACUCUGACCUCUUCUCUAACCAUCAAUCACCAUUCACUCCACGAACUUUAAAAACAGAAGCAAAGUCCUUCCUAUCACAGUACCGCUAUUACACACCUGCCAAAAGAAGAAAGGAUUUUUCAGAUCAGCGGAUGGAAGCUGAAACCCAAACUGAAUUAAGCAGCUUUGACUCUGAGCUUGGGACAGCUGAGAAAAAGAGCUCAAAGGAUUCAGAAGUGAACAUAAAACAGGCACCCAGUUACAUGAUAAAUGGUGCUGAAGACAAAAUAGCUCCUGUGCCCUCACAAGGACAAAACAUAGCGUGGGACAAUAUUAAAGAUGGGAUUCUGCAGCAGUCCUCAGAAAGGACACCCUGUAAGCUCUCCACACAGUUUUCUCCAGACAGUAAAGUCUACUCUGAUGAAGAAGAACUGCUGUACCUGAGUUUCAUGGAAAAUGUGACUGAUGAGAUCUUGAAACUUGGUUUAUUUUCUAACAGGUUUUUAGAACGACUGUUUGAGCGACAUAUAAAGAAAAAUAGACAUCAUUUGGAGGAGAGGAAGAUGCGCUACCUGCUGCACGGGCUGAAGGUUGACUUGGGCUGCAUAUCUGAGGAGGAUCCAGCAAAGCAAAGACACUUCAGGAUGUUGAAUCAACUUCAUUUUCAAAAGGCUCUGAUUACAAGAGAAAACGAAUUUAUAAGUGAUGAAGAAAUAGUAAGUCAUCAUGAGCGUCAGCAGUACCAGGAGGCCCUGGACAUGCUGUCAUCUGUGCCAAAGGACGAAAACAAGAUGUUCUCUGUACCGGGUGAAUUUUUAAUACCGGCCCAUAAAGCCAAGCUUUCAGAAGGUGUUAUAAUUCAACAGGUCAGUGAUGAAACAGAUCAUGAAGCCUUACCCUGGGAUGAAAACAAUCCAAGUGUUUCUGAUAGUUUGAUAGACCAGGAGACCUCUGUGGAUGUCAUUGAAGGUGACAGUGACUUUGAAAGGGUUGAGACUUCCAGGGAACUCUGUUGUCUGAGCACAUCACUGUCCCCGUCAGUUACAUUCCCCAGCAUCGAAGGUGGCAGUAAUCAUGAUAAGGAACUGUCGACUCUAAAAAUCAUGGAAAUGAACAUUGAAGACUGACCUUUGGAUCUUCAUUAAUAAAUACUCCAUGUGGCCAGUAACUCAAUAUUACUUUUCUUCUUUUUUUGUCCCCUUUUACAUAUUAAGAUUUCUGUAAUUUCAAUGCCAUGUAAUAAAUUACCAUAAAUUUAGUGUCUUGAAA